AUUCAGAUCAGAUUUCACUCAGACCAGCUGGGGAGAAAGAUAGAGAGAGGAAGAGAGAGAGAGAGAUAGGGGCUUGCGUCUUCUGCUUUUCUCCCAGAAAGAGAGAGAGUGAGAUUGAGAGAGAGAGAGAGAGAUCCGGAGGAAUUUGUAAAGGCUUCUCCUCCUGCCUUUCGGGAUAAGUGCGUGUUGCCUGGAGCCCAAACGCGGCGGAGAGGCGAGGACGGGCUGGAGAUGGACGAUCAGCCGCGGCUGAUGCACUCUCACGCCGGAGUAGGGAUGGCGGGGCACCCCGGCCUGUCCCAGCACAUGCAGGACGGAUCGGGAGGCGCGGACGGGGAGGGAGGAAGGAAACAGGACAUUGGUGACAUUUUACAGCAAAUCAUGACCAUCACAGACCAAAGUCUGGACGAGGCGCAGGCCAGGAAGCACGCGCUGAACUGCCACAGAAUGAAACCUGCACUUUUCAACGUCUUGUGUGAAAUCAAGGAGAAAACAGGGUCUGAAGCUGCAAGCGGGGCAGGGAGGAGGCUGCCUUACCCCCCGAGGAGCCACGGUGGCUUCGAAAGAGCAGCCCAAGUUGUUGGCCUAACCGGUUUACUCCUCACUUCCUUUGCUCCAUUGUGGGAGCAGGCCGUGGCGGUCUUGCUCGGCUGCUAUCAGUCCUCCGGCGCGUUCCGUACUACCUUCAUGCUAUAUUGUUUUCGUAGCUGCUAAUGCAUUAAUAAUCAUCCUUUUUUUCAUCCCUCCCCACCGUCGAGCUGUGUUCCAAGAUGGAAUUUUAAGGUCACGGCAUCAUUGUGGCAGAUACUGAAGGAGCUAAA